UCAGGACGCGGCCAACGCGUCACGUCAUACGCACGAGGCAACGUAAUCCUCCUGUUCAUAUAGCAUCAUUGUCAACCCUCAUCGAAGAUCGAGAGUCCGGGUUUUGCGUGCUGCAUCCAACUUAAGCAUUGUAGCUUCAUGUCAAAGAUGAUGCUGCCCUUGUUGCUCAGCGGGCUCGUCGGGCUCGCGGCGGCGCAGUUCCCGCCCACGCCCGAGGGGAUCAAGGUGCUCAAGUCCAAAUUUCACCAGAAUGUCACCAUCUCGUACAAGGAGCCCGGCAUCUGUGAGACGACGCCGGGCGUCAAGUCGUACGCCGGCUACGUGCAUUUGCCGCCCGGCACUCUGGACGACGUCGACGGCGAAGCGCAGGACUACCCGAUCAACACCUUUUUUUGGUUCUUCGAGGCCCGCAAAGCGCCCGAGAAUGCCCCGUUGGCCAUCUGGCUCAACGGCGGCCCCGGCGGGUCGUCCAUCAUGGGCCUCCUCGAGGAGAACGGCCCCUGCUUCGUCAACGAGGACUCCAAGACGACGCGCCUGAACCCCUGGAGCUGGAACAACGAGGUCAACCUCCUCUACAUCGACCAGCCCAACCAGGUCGGCUUCUCCUACGACACGCCCACCAACAUCACGAUCCACGAGGCCCUGGACCCGGACCUCGGCCCCGGCAUGCACAUGUACCCGGCCGACUUCGGCGACGGCGGGACCCUGCCCGAGGCCGGGAACUACACGUACCGGUACGGCACGGCGUCGAGCCAGGAGACCUCGCACACGGCCAACACGACGGCGCACGCGGCGCACGCGCUGUGGCACUUUGCCCAGACCUGGUUCUUCGAGUUCCCCGGCUACCGCCCUGCCGACGACCGCGUCAGCCUCUGGGCCGAGUCGUACGGCGGGCACUACGCGCCGGGCAUCUUCCGGCACUUCCAGGCGCAGAACGAGCGCAUCCGGGACGGGUCGUCGGCCGAGAGGAACGCGCGGUACAUCCACCUCGACACGCUCGGCAUCGUCAACGGCCUCAUCGACCUCGCCGUCCAGGGCGAAUCGUGGAUCACCUUUCCCUACAACAACACGUACGGCAUCCAGGUCUUCAACCAAUCCAUCCAUGACCAGCUGUUGCACAACUGGACGCGGCCGGACGGCUGCCGAGACCUCAUUCUCGGGUGCCAAGAGGCCCUGAAGGAACACGGCCCGCUCGUCGCCAAGGGCGUCAAGACGAACGCCACCGAGGUGUGCUGGCUGUUUCUCGAGGAGUGCGGAUACAACGCCGCGAUGCUGUACCAGACGAUCCCGGACGGCAAGGGGUGGUACGACAUCGGCCACGACCGAAACGACCCCUUCCCGGCGCCGCACAUGUACGGCUACCUCACCGAGGGCGAGGUCCUAUCGUCUCUGGGCGUGCCUGUCAACUAUUCGGAAUCCGCGGGGGCUGUGGGCAGGGGCUUCGGCCAGACGUUUGAUAUGAUCCUGGGCGGGUUCGGCGAGUCGAUUGGAUACCUCCUCGACAACGGAGUCAAGGUUCACAUGAUGUACGGCGACCGCGAUUACGCCUGCAACUGGGUCGGCGGCGAAAAGGCGAGCCUGGCGAUCCCCUACAACCGGUCGGCCGCCUUCGCCUCCGCGGGCUACGCGCCCCUCAUCACGCCCGACGGCGUGACAGGCAUGACGCGGCAGCUCGGCAACUACAGCUUCUCGCGCGUGUUCCAGGCGGGCCACGAGGUGCCGGCGUACCAGCCCGUCACGGCGUACGAGAUCUUCAUGCGCGCCACCUUCAACCGCGACAUCGCGACGGGGCUCGUGCCCGUGACGGACGCGCUGGCGACGGUCGGCGUCCGCGACACGUGGCACAUCAAGAACGCGCCGCCGCCGCCGCCGGACCCGAUCUGCUACGUGCUCAAGCCCGAGACGUGCCGUCCCGAGGUGUGGGAGAGGGUCGCCGACGGCACGGCGCGCGUGAAGGACUGGUAUGUGGUCGGGGGGGUUGGUGAUGACGGUGAUGGUGAUGGUGGUGAUGGUGAUGGUGAUGAUGAUGAUGCGCAGAGUGGCCGGCCCGACGGGCAAGUUUCGGAAGAGCUGUAAGUAGACACACUAGGAUCCCGGAAUCUUAGUGCGGACGAUGAUCCGCGAGGCCCCGUCGUAAGCUCGAGAGCUUGUGAAAACAGGGUCGAGGCCGUCGGACAGGUGUGUUUCAGUGAUUGGACGUAUGAGGGGGAAAGAGAAGAUGGCUGGGAAACAUGCAGAGGCGCCAUGGGCGUCUCCGAGUCCUAGCGCCGGUGUUUGCUUUGCUGUUUGUUGCUUGCUUGCUGGUUGCUGUGUUGUCAGUUCCAGAGACCGUCCGUCGUCCGUCUUAGCUGCAGUUGUCUCCUCGAACGGUGAUGAACCAACAUGUCUCUCACUUCUUGUCUCUCUGCCCAUAUCCAUCUCUCUAUCUCUCUCUUGUGUAUGUAAGACUUGAUGGGCACAAUCUGGCUGAAGGGCGCGAUAUGAGUCCUCGCUCUGAUUCCAUCCAAAACCUCUCCCGAUCGGAGCUCAUAGCUUAAGGUUUACCGGCAAGACAGACGACCCGCCAUUUCGUCCGACCCGAAAGCUUGG